CGUUUCUGUCUAACUUUGAUGCGACAUAACUUUUUCUACGGGAAUUCAAAGAACAAAUGUCACAGGCCUGCUAAGAUUUCAGUAGUCUCACCCGCGAUGAAGGCAAAUAUCAUCUUAUUCACUGUGGGGAUAUUUCUAUCCUUAUCUCAAAUAACAGAAACCACCCAUCACGAAAAACAUUUUCCAGUUAACCACCAACAAAAAGGAAGCAUUCCCAAUAAAGCCAAACAAAGAUUCCUCGAAAUGAAAAAGCAGCCACUCGAUGAGAAAACCGCUUAUCGAAAGCAAUUAAGAUACCAGGAAUUGAACAGUGCUACGAUAAAAACCAAGCUAGAUGAUAGCCUGGGAAGAAUACCUUGGAGUAAUAACCACGAAAACGUAGCAUCCUAUGUUGACGGAACAGGAGGUUUAUCACAACAGAAGCUAUUAGCAAUCAUGAACCAGUUAACCAAUGACAUCAGAGUAAAUGGACGGAGAAUCACUCCACUUCAAACGCAAAUAGUACAGCAAACUAAUGAUGGCGACAUCAAUCCAACAUCAACAGUGAGUAAUAUGCAGGACGAGAUGCAACCCGACAUGAAAACGAACAUGCAAGAUGAUAUGCAGAGUGACACCAAUGACAUGGGAAAUAAUGAAAUUAAACCUAUACAGAUACCAAUCAAUCAGAAGGGAGGUGAUGGCGCACAUGCCAAUGGACCUGGAAUGUUUGAGCGUUUGAUGUUUGGUGGACUCUCCCAGACAGUGGGAGGAGGAAAAGGGAGUAACGGUUACUCUGACUUUGGUGGUGGAAUGACCGACGUUCCUGGGUUGUCAUAUGGUGGAUCAAAUAGUAAUGGUGUUAUCAACCUUAUGGAAAGCGAACACGGAUUAAAGCCAAUGCGUGGAAUGAAUGGCAUGGGAAGCAUGAAUGGAAUGAAUGGAAUGAUGACUGGAAUGCAUGGGAUGAUGAACGGAAUGGGUAUGAUGACGCAUGGAAUGGGAAAAAUGAGAGGUGAUACGUAUUUCUCUAGAAGAGGAGAGACGACGUCAACGAGAAAGAAACCGCGAUCAAAGCAUAGGGAAUUUCUUCGAAAGGCCGUGAAAGCAGUUUCGCUUUCAAAAGCCGAUGAAAGGAAAAACCUCCAAAGGGUUCCCACAAUUACAAUACGCCCGAAAGUCAACAUUCUAAAGAAUAAGCAAUACAUCAUACCACUGAUCCCUAACGAUAAAACAAUUGACAAAAAACCCCUAAGACCUCCCCAUGGGGCUUAAAAAGGAUUCAGAAGAAUGUCACUGAAUGAAAGGGACGAGACAAUUGAGAUAUAUUUUGAUAAGGCAACUAUAUUUUGAUUUCGCCCUUUUAAUAUUGA